AUGAGUAGGAAGACGCGGCGCUGGAUUUUCCACUUUUUCCUGUGCCUUGGAGUGUUGUAUCUGAAAAUCGGGGGUCUGUCAUCGGUGGUCGCACUGGGAGCGAGCAUCAUCUGUAAUAAGAUCCCCGGCUUGGCCCCCCGUCAGAGGACGAUCUGUCAGAGCCGACCCGACGCCAUCAUCGUGGUCGGAGAGGGGGUUCAGAUGGGGAUCAACGAGUGCCAGUUCCAGUUCAGACACGGACGCUGGAACUGCUCGGCCCUGGCAGAGAGGACCGUGUUCGGGAAAGAGCUCAAAGUGGGCAGCAAGGAGGCCGCGUUCACCUACGCCAUCAUCGCAGCCGGGGUCGCCCACGCGGUCACCGCCGCCUGCACCCAGGGGAGCCUGAGCGGCUGUGGCUGCGACAAGGAGAAGCAGGGCUUCUACAACCAGGACGAGGGCUGGAAGUGGGGCGGCUGCUCUGCAGAUGUCCUCUUCGGCCUGGGAUUCUCCAAGGUGUUUGUGGACGCCCGGGAGAUCAAGCAGAACGCCAGGACUCUCAUGAAUUUACACAACAACGAAGUGGGACGCAAGGUCCUGGAGAAGGGCAUGCGUCUGGAGUGCAAGUGCCACGGCGUCUCGGGGUCCUGCACCACCAAGACGUGCUGGACGACGCUCCCCAAGUUCCGCCAGCUGGGAUACGUCCUCAAGGACAGGUACAACCAGGCUGUGCACGUGGAGCCGGUGCGUGCCAGCCGCAACAAGCGCCCCGUCUUCCUGAAGAUCAAGAAACCCCACUCCUACCGCAAGCCCACGGACACAGAGCUGGUCUACAUUGAGAGGUCGCCCAACUACUGCGAGGCCGACCCGCUGACGGGUAGCAUGGGAACGCAGGGUCGCCUGUGCAACAAGACAGCUCUGCAGCCCAACAGCUGCGACCUGAUGUGCUGCGGCCGGGGAUACGACACGCACCAGUACUCACGCGUUUGGCAGUGCAACUGCAAGUUCCUGUGGUGCUGCUACGUAAAAUGCAACACAUGCAGCGAGAGGACAGAGGUGUACACCUGUAAAUAGAAAUAUUACGCAUUGACGUGCGUUUGGACUACUGUGACCGAUACACGUGUGCGGAGUGACUUCCAUUCUGUCAAUAA